AUGAGUUCCCGUUAUUCAGACUAUAAAUCGAGAGAUCCCCAAGACCCAUCUGAAAUCUUCUCGGAGACUUAUCACUACAGAUUAUUAUCUAGAAAUGACCCACAUUUUUCUGUCCCAUAUCGAAAAUCAAAAAAUUGGAGAAAUCGAAAAUGCGGAUUCUUGAAAAAUUGUGUUUUGGGUUACGGUAUUGGUAUCAUUGCAUUUUUCAUUUUUAUUUGCGGACUACAAAUUAACCCCUCAAAAAUGCAAAAUUUUACUAGAUUUCCAAAGAUUUUUAGUGAUUUUGGUAUUCAAAAAUUGAAUGGAACCUCAGAAGGUUCAAAAAAAUUAUGCCACCCCAGAAUUAUUGGGUACUACAAAGGUUGGGAUAAUCAAAUAAUUAGGUCAAGCCAAUUAGGAAAAUUGAGCCACGUCAUUUUCAAAUAUUUGGUGAUUUCGAAAAAUGGGUCAACAAUAGAAUUCAAGAACAAUUUGGAGGAAGCGAAAUUUCUGGAUCUGAAAAGAAGGAUUGGGGAUUUUAAAGAGACAAAAUUGAUGAUUUCUUUGGAUUUUGGGAAAAAUUUCAAAAUGGAAAAAUCCCAAACCCUCAUCACAAAUAUCAAUUCAUUUUUGGACUUCCACAAUUGGGACGGUGUGGAUAUCGAUUGGAGACAUCCAACUCCAGAAGACAUCCCAAAUCAAGUCAAAUUUUUGAGAAAUCUCAAAAAAUCUAUAAAUCCCAAAAAGCUGAUUUCCAUGGUUUUUGGCGGUCUGGAAUGGACGUAUUCCUACCAAAUGGAUUUGAAGAAUUUAAUCGAAAAUUUGGAUUUUCUGAACAUUUUUUCAAUGGAUUACUACAAUGGAAAUUUGACGGGACCACCGGCUCCAUUAUUCUCUGGAGAUGGAGAAUUUCGAGGAUUCAAUGUGGACCGAACGAUGAAAUAUUUUGUAUGCAAUACGAAAAAUUCGAAAAAGAUGAAUAUGGGAGUUCCAUUUUAUGGAAAGUUCUGGAAAAAUGUGAAAAAAGAACCAAAAGAUGGUAUUUGGAAUUCUGGAAAUUUCGAAAACAACAUUCCAUGGAGAUCGAUAAACUUCAAAAAAUCAGAAAAAUGGCACAAAUAUGCAAUGACCCCUUUUAUUUUGGAUUCUGAGAAGAACACUUUUUUGGGAUUCGAGAAUCAAAAAAGUUUGAAAAAGAAAAUGGAAUAUUUGAAGAAGAAGAAUCUGGGAGGAUUGAUGAUCGAAUCGAUUGGAGAUGAUGAUGACAUGGAUUCUUUGCUGGAUACUGUAGUUGAGAAUUUUGAAUGUGUGGAGAAGGAGAAUAGUAAUUUGAAGGUUUUCAGAGAACAGCUGAAAACAAAUUUUCUGCGUUCCCCCAAAAUUUCCCAAAACUUUAGUAUCAAAUUUCAAAAAAUGAAUAACACUACAAUUGACCAAUUUCAUUCCAAAAAUCGAGGCUUCGCUGCAACUUUCAUAAUUUAUUUCUUCAUUUCUGCUUCAAUUUUUCCAUUUUAUAUUCGAAUAUUCAAUCGGAAUAACAAUCAAGAAAAGAAUUCCCUAGUUUUUCGAAUUCUUGCUCAUUUUUGCUUUGUAAUCAAGCUCAAAUUUAUCGUUAUCAUUUUAAUGACUUUGGAUCUCACUGUCUUGUAUUUUUGGCUGGGAAAAAAUGUUAUCAGUGUAUUCGGUAUUUUUUAUCUUUUAAUUGGCUUAUCUAUUCUGAAUUUUACAACUCAACUACCUAUUUGUUUGCCUAGAAUUCCUUUCCUUCUUCAUCCAUCAUUCAUCAACGUUCCUUUACAUCACCAUCAACACAUGUCUAUUCGUCUCGGCGUUUUUGUACAUUCCAAUUGCAAUGAAUUUAUACAAUUAUCGAUUUGUAUUAUCUACCCAAACGAUAAAACCCCAUAG